GAGAGAGAGAGAGAGAGAGAAAGAAGAGGGGGAGGAUAACAGGGUUUUGAGCCGUUUCGUUCAUCCCAAUCCGAUCUCGGGCUAGGGUUUCUCGAUCCAAGAAGCAAUCUUUCUCAUACCCUAGCUCUGCCGCCGAUCAGCCAUGGGCUUUCCUCUCUGUGGCCGGGCCGACAUCUUUGAGAUCUAUGCUACAUACUGCGAUAUUGUUUCACAACACAAUCAUUUGAGUGCAAGGGAGCCUCUGGUUAUGCUAUCAAAAUCCUUGGACUCAAGAUGGCCAUCAAGGGAUGCAAUCUUCAAUGAUCUUGUCAAGCUUAUGGCAUGUCUUGACCUCUCUGCGGACUCAUUGAAAUUUAACUGCUUCUAUGAUUUUGUCUUCUUCGUCUGCCGUGAAAAUGGACAGAAAAGCAUCACUGUAAGCAGGGCUAUUACUGCAUGGAGGAUAGUUCUAACUGGGAGGUUUCGAUUACUUAAUCAGUGGUGUGAGUUUAUUGAGAAAUACCAGCGGUAUAAUAUAUCUGAGGAUGCUUGGCGUCAACUCCUGGCAUUCAGCCGUUGUGUGAAUGAAGAUCUUGAUGGUUAUGAUCCCAAAGGAGCUUGGCCUGUUCUCAUUGAUGAUUUUGUGGAGCAUAUGUACAGAAUUAAUCAAUCAAAAUGUAGCACUAUAGAUCCAUGCUGUAGCUGCAGCGACAUGGACACACAACCAAGCAUUUCCAGCACAUUUCGUGGACUGAAUUUGCUUCCUGGAUCAAAAAGGAAGUCACUCACAGACACAGAAGGUGGCAAUGUGGCAGUACUGAACUCAGAUGGUAUGGCAAGACCAGACAAGAGGCUUAAACCUGAUUGUGAUUCCAAUAUUGUUCAGCAUUGGGAAGUUGAUUCUGCUAUGAGUGGCAGUAUUGAGGAAACAACAGAUGAUCAGUACGGCGGCAACAUGGUCAACAAGCCGAGCGUAAUGAUUUGCAUGCACUCAGCCUGUGCAGUGGAAGAUAGCUUAUCAAAAGGUCUUGAAGGUCACCUUUCUAUAGGCUGCUGUCUUCCUACAACCCACAAGCUUGGUUUUUUCCUCUGACCCUGAGAUUAUUGAUAAUAGAAAUAUUUGUUUUUUCGUAUCCUCUUUAUCUCUGUCUGUUGGCAGGCUGUUAUUGCAAUUUGUUUGGUACAUUGUAAUUUGAAACAAAACAUCUUUUUAUACAAAUACAACAAUGAGUUUGAUCAGCAUGUUA